AUGAUCUGCGGGUCGUCGUCAAAAGCCACGCGCGAGGGCGCACAGCACCUCGCACAUACAUCCGCCGGCGCAGACGUCGGCACCUGCCAGGAUGCCCGUCCGCAGUCGCAGCAGGCCACCAUCACCUCGGCAGUCGCAGCCGACCCAACCCUGCCGCCCUCGAAAGCCGCAGAGAUCCUCUUCCCACCACCCUCGGCCGCUCGCCGCGGCCUGCUCCGCUUCACCAUCAAGGAACAGCUCGAAGAGGGUCGCGGAAAGCACUGGGUCUGGGACAAGGGCGCCGUGCACGACGGCAACCGCGAGCCCGACGACGACGAGCUCGAGCGCGUCCGGCUCCGCUACGGCUACAAGGAGCUCGAAAAGGGCGGGCCCUCGCGCCUCUACCUCAUGAUGCUGGCCGACUGCCUCCUCCCGCUGCCGAGGAACCCCAUGUCCGGUGUCGUCUCGCCGCCGCUGCUCGCAACGACCGGCAUCGCGCCGCUGUCGAUCUUCUCGACGGGGCCCGACAUCAUCGGCCACUACUACGACUGCAUCGUCGCGGCGCGCAAGGAAGUCAUCCUGCUCACCAACUACUGGCAGGGCGGCAAAAACGUCGACAAGAUCGCAGAGGCGCUGAGAGAGCUCGACCGCAGGGUCCAGAAGAGGCGGCGCCAGGCAGCGGCGACGGCGGCACGACGGGGCCGAGGCCGGGGCGCCUCGCCAGAGAGCGGCCGCACCGGCGACAGCGGCGCCAGCACGCCCGCGGUAGCGGCCAGCGAGGCCGAGAAGCAGGCGGCGCGGCUCACUGAUACCGGCGCGCCAGGCUCGGCGGAGCGGUCCGAGGGCGACAAGGCUAGGCUCGAAGGCGACCUGGACGAGGUCGAUGUCGACGAGCCGGGACCCGACGAAAAGGUCGUCGUCAAGCUCAUGUGGGACCGAGGCCCGCAGACGCUGGCGGACCUCUUCCGCUUGCGCAAGCCCGUCCCGCCGGGCAUGUGGAAGACCAACGGCCUGCCCGAGGAACACGAGAUCCCCAACCUGACCAUGGAGAUCCUCAACUACCACCGGCCGCUGAUGGGCACGUUCCACGCCAAGCUGCUCAUCGUCGACCGGCAGGUGGCGCUGAUCAACAGCAACAACAUCCAGGACCGCCCCAACAUCGAGGCCUGCGUCCGCUUCGAGGGCGACAUUGUCAACUCGAUCUACGACCACGCCCUCAUCAGCUGGGGCAACCGUCUCCAGCCGCCUCUGCCCUGCCUCUCGAUCCCCGCCCCCGUCGCGCCAUCGCCCUCGGCGUUCAUGACGGGCAAGUCGAGCACGCUGCCCUCGAUGUCGCCCGAAAAGAUGCGCGAGAUGGCCCGCAACGCGCGCCAGCAGCUCAAGCAGGACGACGAGGCGACCGAGGACGAAAAGGAGCGCAGCCUGGUCGGCGGGCUCCACCUCGGCGACGUCGUCGACCAGAUGAUGCGGAGGGACAGCUACAGCCAGCUCGAGUCUCCGACGGCGGGAGGCGGCGGCGCGGCGGCCGCGGCGGCAGCGGCGACACCCGUCGGAGGUGCGUCGGCGGGGACGCCAACGACAUCGCCGACGGCCGACGGAGGCAGCGCAGCCGGCGUCGACAGCGAAAAGGCGGCGCGGAAAGCCGGGGCGAUCUGGGCGCACAAGGUGCUGGGCGAGAGGUUCGGCGGGUCUGGGCAGCACGGCAAGAUGGGCGCAGGCGGCGCCGAGCACGGCGACCCCGCCGCAGCCACGGGAGCGCCGCGGCCGCGCAACUUUGCCGAGGUGGUCGACGCCUUGAUGAAGAUGGAGGGCAUCAAGCCCGGCGGAUGGGCCGACGGCGCGCUCGAGGUGUUCGGGCUCGGACCCAGCAGUAGCCGCAAUGUGGCCAACGAGGUCCGACGUAACCCGCGCCCGCGCAACCUCGACGCAGCGGCAAGGGGCCUGCGCAUCCCCAAGCCGGUCAAGGAGGAGGAGGGCCUCCACCGUGAUGAAGCCAGGCACGACGGCGCCGGACCCAGGCCGGCAGCAGCAGCGGCGGCCGCGAAGCUCUACGACCAGAACAAUGCUGGGAGCCACGAGGCCCUCAGCACGACCGUCGUCGACGGUGACCUGAGCCCGCGGCUCGACAGCUCCGGCCUCCACGACGACGACAGGGACGUCGACAAGGCCAAGGCGGUGCGCGAUCCGGCGCUGGUCACCGUGUCGCAUGUCGAUGGCCACCACGACGCGUCGCAGCCGGCACCGCCGCUUGUCGUUGCGCCCGCCUCGGCCGACUCGUCGAAGCUCGAGGUGCCUGGUGCCCGCGAGCAACGCGGCGAAUCGGCCGUCGCCGACGACGAUGCCGACGCCGAGGGCGAUGGCGACGGCGCACCGGGCUCGGUGGCCUACCGCCGCAUCCACCGGCGGACGCUGUCCAACCUGUCGAGGUCGUCGGGCGCCGAGCGGCUGAGCGCCAUCACCAAGGCGCUCGACUUUGCCAACAACUCCAAGGUCAAGGGCGAGAUCACCGCCGACGACCUGGCGGACCGGGCGCUCGAGGCGGCGGCGGCCGAUGCGCUGCUCGACUUCCAGCCCUACACCUUCCACCAGCCGCACGAGCCCGUGCCCAUGGCCCUCGUCAACCGGCGACCGCACGGCACGCCCGGCCACUCGGACAUCCGCAACCCGCAGGACGCCGCCUGGCUGGCCGGGUUCCGAUACGCCAAGGAGCACGUCUUCAUCCAGUCGCCCACGCUCAACGCGUCGCCGAUCAAGGCGGCCGUGCUGGCGUGCGUGCGGCGCCACGUGCGCGUCGAGCUCUGGCUCGACCUGGGCUUCAACGACAAGAGCGAGAGCAUGCCGUUCCAGGGCGGCACCAACGAGCAGGUCGUCACCGGCUUCUACCGCCAGCUGCGGCGCGAGGGCAAGGGCGACGAGCGCUACCUCGAGGUAUACUGGUACACGGGCAAGGACAUGACGCGGCCGCUCAACGCGGUGCGCAAGCAGCGCAACUGCCACGUCAAGUUUGCCGCCAUCGACGGCCAGGUGGCCAUCCUGGGCAGCGGCAACCAGGACACGCAGAGCUGGUUCCACAGCCAGGAGAUCAACGUCAUGGUCGACAGCCGCCAGAUUGUGGCCGAGUGGAUGGACGCGCUGCGCCGCAACCAGAGCACCCACCUCUACGGCAAGGUCGACCAGCGCGACGGUGUCUGGCGCGGACGCACCGGCGCCGAAAUCGCCGAUACGGGCAAGGACCGCACCUCGCCCCAGAGCGAGGCGGCGAGCGGUUCGACGGCCGCCAACGGUGGCGCUGCCGGUGGCGCCGUCGUCGUCGACGCUGCGCCGGCGACCGGCGAUGGUGGUGCCAGUUCUGGCGCCAGUGCUGGUGCCACAGCGGGCACCGAAGCCACCGGCGCCGCUCCUGCUCCUGCUCCCGCCUCUGUCGCUGCGGCGCCGACUGCGGAUGCCUCGGCCAAGUAG